UCUUGAAAAUUGUUUUACCUCGAUUAUUUUUAAUAUUUUUUAAUAUUUUAAAAUACGUUAUAAUUGCGGUGGUCACACCUUUUGUAAUAUUUGUCGAGUCCAUUAAUCAAUCACAAACUUGUCAAUUUUUUUAAAAAUAGAAAUCAUUUUCAAUUAAUUUACUGUAAAAAUUUUAUGUACAUGCAUAACAAAAAUUAUAAUUUAAAAACGUGAAAUUCGCUUUACUGUAAAUUAUUAGUUGGUUCAAUUCAUCAAUCACAGUGCAUCGCAUUUCACAGCAGACGCAACAACAACAACAACAGUUUUCAGUUUGAGAAAAAGUUGCCAUAUGAAGAGAUAUAAUAAAAUGCAUAGUUUACCUCCAAUAAACAACAACAACAACAACAACAAUAAUGAAGAAAAAUUCGAAAACUCUACUUUUUUUCAUUGCAAAUUAAAGAAAAACACAAGAGGAUUAAUGACAAUGAUUUUGCUCAUUUUGCAAAAGUUUCCACCAACAAUACUGAGAAUAAAGUUAAAAUACAGUCUGCCAAUAACAGCAGCAGCAGCAGCAGUAGGACAGAUGUAUUAAAAAGAAAAUACAAAACAUGUACGACAAUUUCAAAUAGUAAUGAUCGCAGUGGUGGUGGUGGUGGUGGUGGUGGUGGUGGUGAUGGUGAUGGUGAUGAAAAUCAUUCAAGAGAUACAAGAAUUUCUCUUUAUAAUGAUAAAAAUAUUAAAGACGAAAAUAAAGCAAUUAAAAUGUCAAAAUAUUCUAAUGGAUGCAGAGCUAAAAGAAAAAACAUCAUUCAUUUGAGUGGAGUUUCCUCGGAGCAUAAAAAUUUUAAAAAAUUGUCUCCAUCUUUUUUAAAAAUGAAUCAACAUGUACAAAGCAAUGCAAUUUUAUUAAGUAAUGUGACGCUGAUGUCAGAUUUUAUAAUUAACAACAACAACAACAACAACAACAGUAGUAGUAAAAUGAAACAAAUUGAUCAAUACGAAGAUGAUGAAGAAGAAGAAGAAGAAGAAGAAGAAGAAGAAGGAGCAGAAGAAAAUAAUGGUGAAAAAACUGCAAUGGGAAAAAGACACAUAAUGAAAAAUAAUAAAAAAAAGGACUACCUCAUAAUGGCUAUAAUGCAAAAUGUUAUAUUAUUCCUUUUAUUACCAACUUUUUACAUUAUUAUAUUUAUUUCUCUUAAAAAAUCAUUUGAUAAGACAAUUUAAAAUACAAACAAUAUAUCGCAGAGUAUAUUAUAAUUAACUAAACUA